CAGUUCAAGUGCACUGAUGCCUCCUUUGAGUAGAGGUCCUUCCGAAGUAGGCUCGUCACACAGAGAAAGUCUCUGAAGAACUUGUCAUCGGAAGGUCUAGUCUCUUAGAUUAGAAGUUUUACAGCGAGAACAUGUCAGCGAUGAAAAUGGACACAUUUUGUAACAAAUUCCAAGCGAAUAUCUUUAGUAAAAGCAAAUGUCAAAAUUGCUUCAAAUCCCGUGAACUACACCUGAGAACCAAUGAAGAUUUGAUUCAGGCCAAGCCUAUUUAUGGAGGUUGGUUAUGUCUUGCUCCAGAAGGUACAGACUUUGGCAACCCAGCACAACGAUCAAGGAAAUGGCAACGCAGAUUCUUCAUUCUCUAUGAACAAGGCAGUCUGCAUUUUGCUCUGGAUGAGUCGCCAAGCACUCUUCCCCAAGGGACGAUAAACAUGAACCUGUGCACAGACGUGGUUGAUGCGGAGACGAAGACAGGGCAGAGGAAUGCAUUGUGCAUCAUCACCCCUGACCAAGAGUUCUACAUCCGCGGGGAAAACAAGGACAUCAUCAACGGAUGGAGUGAGCAGCUAGUGGUCUACCCACUCACUAACAAGCAGAACUGCAAGAAGACCACAAGCAAAGAGAGGCCUCCUGUAGCCACACAGGGUCCUGAGAGUGUGAAGCUGCCUGGGGUCACCUGUGGGAUCGCAGCACACUCGGCACAGAGCGGCUCCAACCAGGAGGAGGACAGGAGCUCCAAGGGAGACUCUACUUCAGGAGACAAAGUGACCACAGUCGACCCAACUAGCCAGAGGAGUGUUCACCCAGCAACGGAUAGUGCUCCUCAUGCUAAGGUGGGAGAUGCCCUCAGCCUACAGGACUCAGAGGUGGACGCAAACACCAGCGCAGACCCUCAAAUGAUGACUUCAUCGCAGUCCGUGCCCGACAGCCCGGUUUGUGCAAGCAGCCCGGAGGCCAGGAGUGGACAGAGGAGGCUGGAGGAGCCGGACGCAGAGCCAGAGAGGAGUGAGGUAUGGCGAGCUGGAGCAGACGUGCAGGUAGAGGGUCCGAUCGGCAGCAGCAGCAGUAAGCAGGCCAGGACCGGGCGUCAGCCUCAGCCCACACAGAAACCGAAAGGUCCUGGUGUGUCCUCUACUCUCCGCUCGCCCGAGAGAAGAGAACAGUCACCUGACAACAGGACUUCAGAGUCAGUGAUGACGCCUGAUCUGCUGAACUUUAAGAAAGGCUGGCUCAUUAUUUUGGAGGAGCAGAAUCAGUGGAAAAAGAACUGGUUUGUGCUGUCCACUCACAAACUGCGUUAUUACAAGGACUCUGUAGCAGAGGAGGCAUCGGAGCUGGUGGGAGAGAUAGACCUCACAACCUGUCAUCAAGUCACUGAGUAUCAAAUCCAGAGGAACUAUGGCUUUCAGAUUCACACACAGACCCAAGUGCACACGUUGGCAGCCAUGACUGCAGGCAUACGCCGGAACUGGAUCCAAGCCCUCGCCAAAAACGUGCGACCUUCCAACGCACCAGACAUCACAAAUCUCUCCGAUGACCUUUGCCCUUUUGGCUUGUCGGCGCAAGCUCUGCCCGAGCCGGACCUGACCCGCGACUCGCUUUCCCCAGAGGUGUCAUCGAAGAUGAGACACGGUGCCAAGAGCCGGUGCGGUCAGAAACGUCGCGAGGGAGUCCACGGCAAGCCCAGCAGUAGAGGCGCGCUCCAGCUCACCCGGCACGGUCCGCCCAAAGGCACCGACGGCGAGCAGGAGCAGAAGGUGGAGGUGUGGUCCGUGGAGAGACGGCGGCGGAGGCGAGAGGAACGCAGGAAGCGAUACGAAAGCGUCAUGGGCUCCGUGUUCGAGUCCGCUUGCCAGGAGGAGGUUGUCCAGGACGGUGUGGGCACAGGCGCACCGUGUGACCACCAGAGAACCCUGGAGCAGCAGCAGCAGAGGGCACAGGAGAUCGAGGAGCGCUGGCAGCGGGUGGAGAAGGCGGGCAUUCAGGAGGAGAGGAAGGUGCCGCUUUACCCAGACACCCAGGCCAGGGACAUUGGCGAGCUGGACAAACUGUUGCGCAACUACCAGAGAAGGGUGAAGGAGCUGACUGCCCAGCUGGCCGGGUCGUCUUGUCAUAGAGAGGAGCCAACACUGGAUCAACAGAUAAGCUCCACUUGGGACUUCCAGCUCGAGAGCACUGAUGUCCAGGAGAGUGAAGAUAUCCCAGUUAAGAUGGACUCAAGCUCCUACAGUAGCCAUUUGUCAAGUCUAACAGAUAAGUAUGAAGAGACUAAAGAGCUACUGCGGUUGGAGGAACUACGAAGACAAUGUAUGCAGAAGCAGCUAGACUUUGGUUCCUCCAUUCUAGAUCAGAGCUCACUGGCAUUGUGUGACGCUCUAACAGAUAAGGAACAAGGAAGAAUCACCAGUGAAGCUGGCUGUCCAGAACUGUUGGAACAUCUCAGCUUCACAAGCUUUGAGGAGCUUCACUCUUCGGCUGAGGGACAGGUGAGACAGAGGCCAAGUCAAAGUGCCGUUGGAGACCAGGUUGGCUCGGAGGUGGAGAAGAGGCUCGUCCAGGAAGUGGCAUCCCUCACUCGUGAAAACGAAGCCCUCAACCAACGGAACCAGGAAAUGGUCCACCAACUGACCGAGGCCGACCGAGAGAUAGAAAGGCUCCGAGCGGAACUCGACGAAAGACAAGAUGGCCGACUGCAUCUGUCCACAUUGGAGGAGCUGACCGAUGCCAGAGUGGGGUGUCUGGAGAACGAGCUCCGAGGGAAAUGCCUCGAGCUGCAGGAGGCCCAAGCCCAACUGGCCGCACAGAGCGAUAAACUCCGAGACACUUUGAGAAGGCUGCACUUAAGAGAAGCCACCCUGGAGGGCCUCUGCUUUCUGGAGCCAAAAGAUCAUCAUUCACAUGCGCCUGUACAGGAGGCCUUACAGGGCCUGCUGGAAGACCAGUUAGAUUGCGCUGAACUACGUGCCCAAGAGGCCCAGCAGGCCCAGGAAACCCUUACCCCAACAACGCCUCGCAGCCAGAGAGAUGAGGUCAUACAGUCACAGGUGCUGCUGGGUGUACAAAGAGCUCAAAACGGCGAAACCGAGUCAGAGGAGCAGGCUAGUCAUGGACACGGUCCAGAGGAGGAUGGUACUCAGCAUCUGAUGGACAAACUCCAAACGAGGUCUAAAGCACUUGGCAAACUGCUGAGGGUGACGGGAGAGACUGAUUUGCCGACGCUGCUGCCCUUUCUAUCAGAAAGACAGGAUGUUGACGCAAAUCGGAGCAUUAGCGGCAGGCUCCGCCUGGAGGAGGAGAUCUGGGCGACUCUGAACCUCCUCAAAGCCAGCCCGGCACAUUGUGCUGAGGCCGGCGUUUCCGACGGGCUGAUGGCUGAAGCGGCUGGGGCCAAGCUGGAGGAAAUUAAACUCUACCUCUCUGCACUCAAGCAUUUCUCUCCCCCGCCGAUCAAUUCACCGAUCAUUAGCGCAGGUCCUGAUGCCUGCCAGCCUCAGACAAGUGAUGGCUCAGUUCUCUCGGAGUCGCACGUCAGCGGGACUGAAACAGCUGAGGUAACAGAUGAGACGUCAGAGCAGCAAGCGGAGAGGAUAUUGAGUUUGUACAGACGCCUUUGUAAUGACAGCCUUUGGAGGGAAUUGAGGGAGAGCGUGAAUCUGAAAGCUUCCCUGUUAAACUGCACUACCUCCUGCCUUGAUUCCUCUGCAAACACAGAGCUGCGAUCCACAGUUCAAGAUCUGUGCGAUCUGUGGCGUAGGCAGGGUGACCCCGAGCACCUUCACGUUCAGGCCGCUGCCUCUGAGCUUCUCUCCGCUUACAUCAUCAGUCGGCUUGAGGCCGCGCAGGAGAAGUGCGUCCAAACUGAGCUGGGCUCAUGGGGGAGUGAAGAGAGUUGUCAGAACUGUCAGGUGCUGAGACAGAAAAACGAAGAGCUCUGCAUCAGACUGUCAGACAAAGAGAAUCAGAGGUCUGGAGGUCAUAUCCUCGAUGAGAAAUGCCCUGUGGACUCAAGAUGCUCAGAUGGUGCUUAUGUCUUAAGAGACUUAAGAGCAGAUGCUGUUUCAAUUAAGGGAGAGGAAGAGAAAGGUGACCUGACUGAUGUUCCAGACUCCGAAUCUCAGAGGAAGGAUGUGGCUGUGGCUCCCAAGGCUCCUGUGAAGGAAGCACCAGAGCCUGAAUCAGUGUGGCCCAUGAGUGGAGACCUGGCUGAACCCAGCAGGGAUGAGUGUGAUGGAGGCAUGCCUGCUCUUCAGGAGCAACACAGGAGAGACUUGGAAACUCUACAGGCCAUGUGUGAGCGUGGCUUUGAGGCUAUGGAGGAGGCCCACCACAGGGCCCUGGCUGAGCUGCAGCUCCAGCACCAAAGAGACCUGGACCAGCUCCAGCAGGACAAGCAACAGCUACUGGAGGAGGAAGCAGCCGCCACUCUGGCAGCGAUUGAGGCCAUGAAGAGGGUCCAUCAGGAGGAACUGGAAAAGGUUCUUCAGGGUAGACAUCUAGAAAACGGCGCCCCAGUAAAUGCAGAGGUGGAAGAGAUACUAAAGAGACAUAGUGAGGAGCUGUGCUCUACCCAGCGGGAACUGGACGUGUUGUCCCAGCAGUACUCUCUGAAGUGUCUGGAGAGCGCCCACCUGGCACAGGCUCUGGAGGCCGAGCACCACGCCCUCCAGCAGUGCCAACGCCAGUACCAGGAGAUUAGCACCCGCCACCAGGAGUUGAGUGGUGGUCUUGCCAGAGAGAAUAUUUUACCAUCUUCACUCUUCAAAGAAGAUCCCAUCCUACAAGAGAAGAUUCUUUAUGAAUUACAUAUCGGCCUGCGCGUGAAGAGAGCUGAGGUGGACUGCCUGAAGCAGGAGAUCUGCUCCCUGAAGGAGGAGCUCCAGACGGCCCAGAGAGAUAAGAGGUAUGCCACUGAGAAGUGCACAGACAUGCACAAAAAGCUCAGCACAACCAGGGUCAGGGCCCAGCGUGACGUUGAGGAGCUGAGGGAGCAUCUGAGGCUGGUGUACAAGGCCCUGGAGGCCUCUUCAAUGGAGGAGCAGCUGGAUGCAGGGGGAAAUGACUGAACACUUUGUGCCCUCAAGUACAGAGAGAGACCAGGAGGGAUGGAGAGAGAUUUCACUGACUCAGAAAAUCACCAAAUGUGUAGCACUUAACAUGGUGUACUUUCAUGAGUCUGUGGGCUCUUCUCAGAGUUGCACAUGCAUUUUUGAUGACCUUGUGGCAGCAGGAAGCAUGAUAAAGAGGUCAUUUUGAAAUGAACGGAACCUGGGAACCCACCAGUCACAUAUCACUCACAUAUUUGUUUAAUUAGGUGUCUUAUUCGUCUUAUAUUGCCAUAAUUUGAAAAUGGUGCUGAAUUUAUAACAUACCAAGUGCAACAACUGUUGACUGACUUUUUAUAUGCUGUGCUAGUGUUUUGUCACAGGUUUCCCUCAGAUAAAUUUAGGUCAUACUACAUUGUACUGUUAGAACCAUCUUGAUUCUGUAAUAGUUUGAGGACUGUAUGUAAUGUAUGUUAAUGUAAUAUAAAUGAUACAGUAUGUCAACAAGUUCACAUCAGUAUUUAUCUGAGAGCAAACGUUUAGCCUACAUGUCUACAUGUAGCCUAGGCUACUCCAUUUCUGUUAAUGGUGUUUUCAUGCCCUUUCAUGCCUAGUGUGGAAGUAGUGAAGUGAACACAUAGCCUACACAUCACUGUUAAAGGACAGUUUUGUCACCACUUAUGUAUCGGCCUUACUAUUUUCUUUUUUAGAUACAUUUUUGUAAUCAAAUUAAAUGUUUUGUUAUUAAAUGUUAAA